UUGCAAUUUCUCGUCAUGCACGGAUAUUUGACAAUCCUCAUAAUUUUUUGCCUCAUCACUACCAGCCUGCUGAUGCUUUUUUAUAUUAGCAAUGGUCCUGAGAAAAUUGAUUCAUCUGACAUUAGGAGCCUCCCAGGUAACAUAAAAUGUGACAGUGGCCCUCGGAUCAUUGAUUUCCCCAAAAAGCCCAUAGGGCCAUUUUUCAAUGACAAUCCCUCUUGUGCCUGUCGAAACAAUAAUUCAUUAAACCAGUUUGUGCCUGAAAAUGAAUUACAGGAUCUUCAAAAGCGCAGAAUAGAAGAGUACAAACAACACCAGAUCAGAACGGGCAAACAGAACGAUGUUCUUCUACUUGCCCCUCCUAACACCCCCCUUCAGUAUCCCAUCAGAGGAUUCAGAGUAUCGCCCAUGAAUAAAACUCUUAUUCCUGGUCUAGCUGUACAAACACAAAACAGGGACAUUUACCAGGUGUCCCUUAGGGUGGGGAAAGGUGUGCUGUCAGUAUUAGAUGUUCAGGAAGGAGAGGAUGUGAAUGGAGAGAAUGAAGGAAAUCUGACCAUCUCAUCCACCAGUCUUGAAAAACUCAAUGAUCUGCUGAGCCGAGUGACCUACACCAGCACCAUCUACCACAUCAAGACUGAAGAUCUCGCUUACUUUUCUUUUGAGAACCAUGAGGUCAUAUUCCCGAUCACGAUCAGACGUCUGUCAGUUCCUGUUCUUUAUGAUCCGGGGAAAGAUAUAAACUCUCUGGUGACUGUACUGGUGAAAGCAUUUUUGAGAUAUAAAGAACUGAAAGUUCUUAUUGAGAGUAUUCGUGUUAACUACCCAAACAUAAAGAUCAUUAUUGCAGACGACAGUCAUGAGCCAGAGAAGAUUGAUGGAGACAAUAUAGAGCAUUACAUCAUGCCUCCAGCACAGGGUUGGUUUGCAGGCAGAAAUCUGGCAGUGUCACAAGUCACCACUAAAUACUUCUUAUGGGUGGAUGAUGACUUUGUGUUCCUGAACCAGACACGUAUAGAGAGUUUUGUGAAGAUCAUGGAAGCCGUCCCUGAACUAGAUGUGGUUGGCGGUGAGGUUGAUGGAAAUCGGUUUGCCUUUAAAUUGCUCUAUCAAGAGGGAAACAGCGAUGAAGGCGGCUGCAUCACACGUGUCAAAGCAACAUACGGACCCGUGCCAGGAUUGGACAAAUGCUUCUUCGUCGAUGGGGUCGUCAACUAUUUCAUGGCACGAACGGAUGCUGUGCGAAGGGUCGGUUUUGACCCGUUCCUCAAAAGGGUGGCUCACACUGAAUUUUUCCUUGACGGACUUGGAGAAUUGUUAGUCGCCACCUGUCAAGGCCUGAGAAUUGGUCAUCAGAAGCAUACUUCGUCAGGCACCUACAAACAUUUCAGACAUCCUGCAAAAGCUGAUGGGCACAGAAAACUAAUCCAUCAUUAUUUUAAGAACCAUUUAAAAUGCAUAAUUUACUGAAGGCACCUCAGAAUUGGAGUUAGUCCCCAGACUUGUAUGGCUACCGCAUACAUAGUUAAGGUAAAUACAGAGGACAGUGUUUCCCACUGGGCGCAGGUGCAACUUCAUACUCAUGAUUCCUAUAAAUCUAUUGGGAACAAAUCUAUUAAAUGUUGAAACAAAACCUCACAAAACAUUGUAAAUGAACAUGAAUCCUCUUAAGUCAAGUCCAUUUUAAUUGAAGUGCAAGAACAAAUGGAUUAAACAAAUGUACCUGUUACAAAAUCUGAAAAUAAUACAAAUACAAAGCACUACCUGAUAUUUCUUAAACUUGAGGUGGCCAAAGAAAAGACAAUAAAGGGGAAGCAAAAUGAAUAACCGAUCAGUUCAAUGCUAGUCUUUGAUUUCAUGCAAGGAAAAGAAAUGGUUUGUAAUGGCUGUCCUUGCACUUGCCAUUUGUAUGUUGCAGAAUGUUUGGUGAAUAAUGAUAGAUUAUGCGAUGACAUUCCACCAGAUACCACUGAUCGGACAGGACAGAGUAACACGGCGGAUAACCCUCAGAAAAAACAAUUUAUUUUUCUACUUAUGCUAGUUUAGGAGGCGGGCGUGUGUUGCUUGGCGGCUUCUGUAAAGUGCUGUGGGAAACCGUGUAGUAAGAUAUUCCAGGUGAAACAGACACUAAAUCUAACAUUAACUUUGUGAAUGUAAAGUCUACCCUGAUGUUCGCUAGCUAGCUGGCGUUAGCUAACAAAAAAAAGCUCCAAACUAUCGUUAACUGUGUUGUUAUCGCCUCUGUCCAGAGAUUCCGCCUUUGGUGACAUAUCAAAAGUAUUCCAGACCCUUGACUUGCCUUCAGUGCUGCUUCUUGCCCUCUUAAAGCCGAUGUCCCUCAGGUCAAGCUGUCCAUGUCGCUUGACCAUGAUGCUGAAAUCACCGGCACCAGCACUGACUGAUGUGACGUCAAUUUAAAACAAAUUAUCGUGUUAUUAUAUGUGCACUUUCCCCUCGUCCACAGUAUUAAAGCCUAUUCAAUAUUAACAAAAACGAAAUGUUGAAAUAGUGCUAAUAUUAACUCAUUCAUUGCUUAAAUAAAAGGGAAUGGGAAGGGGGGAUUGCUGUUUAAGAAGAGGGGUGAUUUUCACCAUCUUUAUUUCAAAGGGGGAUGCCAUCCCCCCUCAACUCGAGUACUGGUUACAAGACAGACACCCGCUGUCAGUCCGGCAGGAUGGGACCAACAUUUUGCCAGGUGGUGUUUGGUUAGAUAGGCAGGACAUUACCCCAGGAACCAGAGCAAGACUUUUAUAAACUUUUUAACUUGAUAUUAAAAGAAACGGUAACACUUUAUAAUAACUGCACGCUAUGAAUCAUUAGUUAAGCAUCAGUACAUAGUUAAUUAAUCAUUUAUGAAGCAUUGGCCCCACAUUAAUAGACAUUAGUAAGCAGUUUAUAAAUACAGCUAUAAAUGCUUUCUUCUUGAUUUAUAAGCAUGUAUAUAAUAUGCUUAAUAAUCAAAUUUUCAUACUUUAUUAAGGAUGAAUUCAUCAUUUCUAAAUUAAGGAUUACAUUACUUACAAACCAGUUAGUUAGGAGUUGUCAGUGGUUCAUGAGAUCAUUUAGAAAGUGUAAGUAAAUGAUUAAUAAACUCUUUGAAUGCACAUUUAUACAUCUUAUUAUUCUGACAUAUAGUAACAUUUACUUAAUUUGAUAAUAAAUGCUUUUUUAAGGCUGAGGUUGACAAUUGCAAGAAUUGCCCAUAACCAUGUUGGCCAACCAAAGAAUAUUGCAUUAUAAUAAACUCAGUACGCCCAAAGGUGUCUAAAGAGAGAAUUCUGCACUUAUAGGUCAAAGGAUUCAAAGUUAUAACCAGUUGCAAAUUUUUCAGGACCAAUAGAUGGAUCUGUGUCUAUUGUCUUGUAUCAAAUAUGGUCACUUUUUUUUGAUGUGACAGUCCAUCAUUGUAACAAAACAACAUAAUUUUAUGCAAAUCAGCCAACUGGUAGUAGUUUGAAAUAAUCUAACCUUUUCCUUUUAGUUGUCAUUCUUUUUAGUAAGCAAUUCUAAUGAACUUAAUUUCCUUUUGUAUUAUGCAUUCUUAGGCAUUUGUGAUUUUAACUAAUUUACUUUCUAAAGAACUCAUUCAUUAAGUAUCGUUUUCUUUGUGAAUCAAUUCUAUGUAAAGCACUUUGAAUUACCUUUGUGUAUGAUUUCUGCUAUAUAAAUAAAUUUUGUCUUGCAAUGCCUAACCGUGAGAGAAUCGUUGAUGGUAGAAAAAACUAUAGACGGAAAUGCAAAACAGAGAUAAACAUUUUGUAAACUAUUAUAUAAUGUUUUUAACAAAUCGAUUACACCGUGCGAUAGAGAUCUAGUAGAACACGUUACUCUGCUGCCCUCCUGUGGCGAAUGUUUGUAACGUAAAUGCUAAACAUCCAAAUUCUUUCUUUCUGUCUGUCUGUAAAACAGAUGCUGCUCUGUGAAACUUCCUGUCAGCAAGAUUAGAGACAGAUUUUAUGUUGAAGAGUAUAUGAAUUCUGUCCAGGUUAGAACCUUGUUGUGUGAUCCUUUAUUGAAGUUAUUUUCAUAGUAUACAGUAGUCUAUUUACAAAAAAAUUGACCCCGGUUGAAAACAACCCCAAGUUUUAUUAUAGAGUUUGAACAUAGUUAAAUACCAAUACACAGUUAUAGACAUUCUCAAGAAACAUUUGACAGCUAAUUACUUUAUUAUUAUAAAUAUAAGAAUACUUUAAAAUGAUUUAUCUAUUGUUAGUGUUCUCAUUACUGUUUUUUGUUGUUUGCAUACUGUAACCUAUAUAUGAAAGUGACCUAUUUGUCAGGUAUACCCAAAAUUUUAACCCAUCCAGAGAGUUGUGAACACGCGUACACCUGGAGCAGUGGGCAGCUAUCACUGCAGCGCCCGGGGAGCAAGUAGGGGUAAGGUGUCUUGCUCAAGGGCAUCGUUACCCGUCGGCCCUGAGAAUCAACCGGCAACCUUCUGGUCACGAGUCUGACUCUCAAACCGUUAGGCUAGGACUGCCCCGUUAUUUGCAUGUGUUCUAGUUUUAUUUUAAUAUGACAUAUUUAUUCAAAGUAAAGUUCAUUUCAAAUGUCCACAGUCCUAUGGUUUUUAUUCUAGGUUUUUGACGUGUACAGAGCUGCUAUAUCGCAAGUAGCCUACAGCAGUCUCGGUCUGACCAUUUGACCAUAUUUACUGAAAUUUCCGCCAUGCAAUUAAAGCUUAACCAGUCCAACCAGCUGUAUUUUCUGUUUUUCUACAUCUACUGCACUGCUGUCCUCCGGUGCGGAGGUUUUUUAAACCUUUUGAAAAGAGUUCAGUUAAUUAUACGCAUUUGGCAGCAUCAGACUUUAGAGCCCUUUUUUGCUUUCUCUAACUUUUUCUGCACCGCCUUUCCUUUUUUACAGUCUAUUAUCUAGCUUUGACUGACAGUAAGCUUGUGUUGCACUGGAACUGUCAUAUUUUGUAUUUUUUUAUGUAUUUAAAUGU